AUGAGGGUGAUUGAGGUCAUCAUCGACGGCUUCAAGUCGUACCAGACGCGAACGGUCAUAUCGGGCUGGGACGAAAGUUUCAACUCAAUUACUGGUCUCAAUGGCAGUGGAAAAUCGAACAUUCUCGACGCCAUUUGCUUCGUCCUUGGCAUCACCAACAUGUCAACUGUUCGAGCGCAAAACCUCCAAGAUCUGAUCUACAAGCGCGGACAGGCCGGAGUCCAAAAGGCCAGUGUCACAAUCGUUUUCGACAACCGAGACAAGAAGAAGUCGCCUAUAGGAUUCGAGGAAUAUGCGUCCAUCAGCGUCACCCGACAGAUUGUGCUGAAUGGCUCCAACAAAUACCUUAUCAAUGGUCACCGCGCGCAGCAACAGACGGUGCAGAAUCUCUUCCAAUCCGUGCAGCUCAACAUCAACAACCCAAACUUCCUGAUUAUGCAGGGUCGUAUCACAAAGGUCUUGAAUAUGAAGGCUGUCGAGAUCCUGGCCAUGAUCGAAGAGGCAGCUGGCACGAGAAUGUUCGAGGACAGAAGGGACAAGGCUUUGAAGACCAUGGCAAAGAAGGAGUUGAAGUUGCAAGAGCUGAGAGAACUGCUGAAAGACGAGAUUGAACCCAAGCUAGAAAAGCUGCGCACCGAAAAGCGCGCAUUCCUCGACUUCCAGCAGACGCAGAAUGAUCUGGAACGCCUGACCCGGGUGGUGGUCGCUUUUGACUACCUGAAAUGCCAGGAAAAGCUUGCCCAAUCAGCGGCAGAUCUUGAAGGGAAACGACAGCGACACAAAGAGCUUGAAGAUUCGUGCUCCAGGAUGAAGAGCGAAAUUGUCCACUUGGAGGAGGACCUUAAGCGAGUGCGGGCGCAACGGGACAAGGAGAUGAAGAAGGGCGGUAAAGCGCAAGCUCUCGAAGAAGCCGCGAAGAAGCACUCGAAUGAGUUGGUCCGCCUUGCCACGGUUAUGGAUCUAAAGAAAUCAAGCAUGUCUGAGGAGGAGGACAAGAAGGCCGCGAUAGAAAAGUCGGUCAGCGAACUGGAGACGUCUCUCCAGGAAAAGACCAAUACUUUUGAAACGGUAAAGGCGAGGUAUGAUGCUGCUAAAGAGGGCCUCGAAAAGCAGUCCAGGGAGGCAGAAACCAAAGAAGAAUUGCUGCAGACCUUGCAGACUGGCGUUGCAUCUAAAGACGGUCAAGAGAAUGGCUACCAAGGACAGCUACAAGAUGCGCGCAACCGAGCGACAAGCGCGGCAACCGAGCAAGAGCAAGCAAAGAUUCGCAUCACCCAUCUUCAAGGCCGUGUCAAAGAGGAAGAGCCGCGAGCGCAAAAGGCCAAAGAGCAGAACGCAGAUCUCCUCCGGGAUCUCGACUCUAUGAAGACCCACGCACAGAAACUUGAGAAAGAGCUCCAGCGUCUCGGGUUUGAACCAGGCCGGGAAGAAGCAAUGUACAAUGAGGAAUCGCGACUACAGCAGACCAUCCGCACUUUGCGGCAAGAGUCGGACAAAUUGAAGCGCUCAGUGGCCAACAUCGAUUUUAACUAUGCUGAUCCAGUGCCGAAAUUCGACAGGUCCAAGGUGAAAGGCUUGGUUGCGCAGCUCUUCACUCUCGACAAAGAACACUCAAACGCCGGUACGGCCUUGGAAAUCUGUGCAGGUGGCCGAUUGUACAACGUCGUUGUCGACAAUGAGGUCACCAGUACUCAGCUUUUGCAGAAAGGAAAGCUGAGAAAGCGCGUCACUAUCAUUCCUCUGAACAAGAUUGCUGCCUUCAAAGCCUCGGCGCAGACAAUAGCGAAUGCGCAAAACCUUGCGCCUGGAAAGGUCGAUCUGGCCUUAUCCCUCAUUGGAUACGACGAGGAGGUCUCGGCUGCUAUGGAAUAUGUCUUUGGCAAUACGCUCGUGUGUGCGGAUGCCGAAACCGCCAGGCGUGUCACGUUCGAUCCCAAUGUCCGGAUGCGCAGCAUUACCCUCGAGGGUGAUGCAUACGACCCAUCUGGAACCUUGUCCGGCGGCAGCGCCCCUAACUCGAGCGGAGUCCUUCUCACCUUGCAGAAACUCAACAGCCUGAUGCGUCAGCUGCAGGAGUCUGAACUUGCCCUGCGCGAACUGCAGAAGCAGAUGGCGGCGGAGAAGUCCAGGCUCGACCAGGCUCGCCAGACAAAGCAAGAGCUUGACUUGAAAUCCCAUGAGAUCAAGUUGGCUGAGGAGCAAAUUAGUAGCAAUUCCUCGUCGUCCAUCAUCCAAGAGGUCGAAACGAUGAAAGCCACCGUUAUCGAACUCAGAGAGGGCAUCACCGAAGCCAAGGCCCGCCAAGCUGAAGCGAAUGCUGAUGUGAAGCGAAUCGAGAAAGACAUGAAGGACUUUGACAAUAACAAGGAUGCGAAACUGGUCGAACUCGAGAAGUCUCUCUUGCAACUCCGCGCUGAGUUGGCGAAAAACACGAGCGCGCUAAAGGUCGUCCAGAAGGAACUCCAGAAUACACAACUGGACUCUGAGCAGGUCGGUGCCGAGCUUUCGGCUGCUCGGGAGCAGAUGUCUGAGGUCGAGGUCGCCAUCAAAGCACAGCAGCAGGAUAUUGAAGGUCUUGCAAGUCAACAGGCCGAGCUCGAAGAGACGCAUGAUGAGGUACAAGCCCAGCUCGACGACGAGCGCGCCAAGUUGCAUCAGUACGAUAGCGAGCUUCGCGACCUCGAGGAGGCUACGCGAAGCAAGAACGCCCGCAUCACUGAAGAAGGCCUCGAGAUGCAGAGACUUGGCCACCAGGUGGACAAGUUCCACAAGGAACAACAAGGCGCAGCAGAGAAUGUAGCCCGACUUGAGGGUGAUCACGAAUGGAUCGAGGAUGAAAAAGACAAGUUUGGAAGAAGCGGGACUGCGUACGACUUUCAGGGUCAGAACAUUGCCGAGUGCAAGUCGACGCUUAAAAACUUGACGGAACGCUUCCAAGGCAUGAAGAAGAAGAUCAACCCAAAGGUCAUGAACAUGAUCGACAGCGUUGAGAAGAAGGAGGUCUCUCUCAAGAACAUGAUCAAAACUGUCAUCCGAGACAAAAGCAAGAUCGAGGAGACCAUCAUCAGUCUGGACGACUACAAGAAGAAGGCGCUGCAAGAGACGUGGGAGAAGGUCAAUGGCGACUUUGGCCAGAUCUUCUCCGAGCUACUACCAGGUGGCAGCUUUGCCAAGCUUGAUCCACCAGAGGGCAAGACAAUCAGUGAUGGCCUUGAGGUUAAGGUGUGCUUGGGGAAGGUCUGGAAGCAGAGUCUUACCGAACUCAGCGGUGGCCAACGGUCACUUGUUGCCCUCUCACUUAUCAUGGCACUGUUGCAAUUCAAGCCGGCGCCCAUGUACAUCCUGGACGAGGUUGACGCCGCCUUGGACUUGUCACACACGCAGAACAUUGGCCGCCUGAUCAAGACCAGGUUCAAGGGAUCGCAAUUCAUCGUCGUCAGUCUGAAGGAUGGCAUGUUCCAAAAUGCGAACCGCAUCUUCCGCACGCGCUUCAGCGAGGGUACAAGUCAUGUCCAGGCCUUGACCCCGGCCGACUUGCGAUGA